AAUAUAUAUUUUUUUUUUUUUUUGUCUGUUUAUGAAUUUUGGAAUUCAGACACUGGGGUGAUGAGUGGAGCUGUGAUCUACAUUCAAAAAGAACUCAAAAUCAGCGAGACUCAGGUGGAAGUACUAAUGGGCAUAAUCAACUUGCAUUCCUUAAUCGGCUCCUUGGCUGCUGGAAGAAUCUCGGACUGGCUUGGUCGGCGGUACACUGUCAUGAUUUCAGGUGCCAUUUUCUUCGUUGGAGCUCUUCUCACGGUGAUUGCUACCAACUAUGCUUUCCUCAUGGUGGGUCGAUUCGUGGCCGGUAUCGGCGUCGGUUUCGCCCUCACAAUUGCUUCCGUGUACACUGCCGAGCUUGCUCCGGCAUUAAGCCGCGGCUUCCUCGCCUCAUUUCCCGACUUGUUCAUCAACGUCGGAUUGUUACUCGGAUAUACAUCCAAUUAUGCAUUCUCGGGGCUUCCGACACACUUGGCCUGGCGGAUGAUGGUUGGAGUGGGUGCAAUCCCCGCCGCGGCCUUGAUAAUUGGUAUCCUCUUCAUGCCAGAGUCGCCACGGUGGCUGGUCAUACGGGGCCACCUCGGCGAGGCGAGGAAAGUCCUGAACAAGGUCUGCGAAUCCAAUGAAGAAGCUCAAAACCGUCUCAGCGACAUUAAAGAAGUUGUCGGAAUCCCUCAAGACUGUAACGACGACAUUGUUCGGGUUACAAAAAGCAACCACAGCAAAGGCAUCUGGAAAGAGCUAUUCGUCCACCCCACUGCCUCCGUCCGACAUAUUUUAAUAGCCGCCCUUGGAAUCCGCUUUUUCAACGAAGCCUGCGGCCUAGACUCAAUCGUCCUCUACGGCCCCAGAAUCUUCGGGAAGGCCGGAAUUGCAUCAGCAAGGCACCAACUACUGGCCACCAUCACCGUCGGAGUGGUGAAGACCGCUCUAGUUUUUGUUUCCAUGUUCCUUCUGGAUCGGGUGGGACGGUGGCCAUUGCUCCUCAGCAGCGUCGCUGCAAUGGCAAUUUCGUUGGUCACCCUGGCGACGACGUUCACCGUAAUCGACGGCUCAGAGAAAAAGCUGUCGUGGGCACCGGUGUUAUGCAUCGUGGCGACUCUGUCAUACGUUGGUUCGUUUUCAAGCGGACUGGGACCAAUUACGUGGGUGUACAACUCGGAGAUCUUCCCGUUGAGGCUCCGUGCGCUAGGGGCGAGUGUGGGACUGGCGGUGGAAAAGGUGACGGAUGGGAUUAUAGCCAUGGCAUUCAUUUCGCUGUGCAAAGCCAUAACGAUGGGCGGCCUGUUCUUCCUGUUUGCCGGAGUUACGACGGUGUCGUGGAUUUUCUUUUACACGGUCUUACCGGAAACUCAGGGGAGGACGUUGGAGGAGACGGAGGGGCUGUUUGGCAAAUUCAACUGAAGGCGGGGUUGACGGUGACGGUGACGGUAACGGUAAUGGUGGAUUCCGUUAGGAAAUGCAUGAAAAAGGAGUGACUUUUUUUUUUUUUUGUUUUUUGGAACUGAAGUUAAAUGAGAAAGUAGUGACGUUUAGGGAAAGGAAUGAAAAGGAAAUGAAAUGAAAAUCCUUUGUUAUC